AUGUUGAAGUUUUUGCUCAUCUGCUCACUCGCUGUGGCCAGCCGGGCUGAGAUCGCCGAGGAAGAAGAUGUCCUGGUGCUAAAGAAAAGUAACUUCGACGAGGCUCUCGAAGCUCACCCAGACAUCCUGGUUGAAUUCUGUAAGUAAGAUUCUCUCUCAAACCUCUCUAGCUAACGCCUGCUGUCUUUUGCAGCCUAACUGGCCGGUCGGCUAGCUAGCUAACAGUGCCUGUAGAAAUGGUAGCAUUAAACUUUGGCACUUGUUAAAGUUGCAGCCGAUUGUGGCUAACGGGGGGGAUGUUGUGUGUGAUUUUGCACCCAUACAUGAAUCAGCCUACUUUAGUGACAACUAGCUAUUUCUUCAUCUCAAAAACAACGUUAAUAGCUGGGAAAUAUUUAUCAGACACUGAGUUUUAACCUGCUAGCUCUAAAUAUGUAAAUGGAUUGUUGUUACCUGAAUACGAGGAUUAUAGGAGGAAAAUAAUUCCAUCAUUGCAAACCUUUAUCAUUUCCGUUUGACUUUUAUGCUGUUUCAGUGGUUGAUGUCUUUAUUUCGAGCCUGUUUUUACAAAUAUACAAAAAUAAAAAGACAAACGCAACAGUCACUAUGAACUUAUCAUAAAACAAAGUACAUACUGAUAAAGGAGCACAAGAGUUUACCAGUGUUUUAUUCAAACCCCCUUUUCUACUUUCAACAACUUCCACGUAAAAAUAAACUAAAGUGUCAACACUUUGUCAAAAAAACUUCAUCGAUUACUUUCUCAUCUAUCACGGUCUAUCUUCUUCAAACCAUCCUUUGUACAUGAUCUUGAUGCAGUUUUCUUGUAGCAGUACCUCAUACUCAAUUCUUUAUACUUUAAGUAAGUAUAGAGUUAACUUUACUCACUAUUGCAGUGUUUUUAGGAGAGUAAUAAAGCAUUAUUGGAGCCUUUUAAUCAAAACCGAGAAAGUAGAGAGUCUGGCAUUUGGUAGUUUCGAUAAGCCGCUGUGGUUUCAUCCCACAAAUCUCACUUUUGGUGCAGCCCGGGGACUAACGCUUUACCACUUUACUCAACUCGGGAAAAACUGCUUUCCUAUUCACAAUAGAAAUAUUGAACUCCGUGCCAGACUCGACAAUAAUGAGACACUUCUUUGUAACCCGAGGGCCCAUCCCGCUACACUUUCGUCAGAUUGUUGAGCAGUUCAGUUCAGAUAUUGUGUGACAAAUGCGUGGACCAGUCAGGAAUGGCCGAGGUGGGAGACUCUCCAAUGAGCUCAGGAUGGGAGGGGUUAAAGCGGUUUGUUUGCCCACGUAUGUGUCAGCUGGGCGGGAUCUGAGCUGGGAUGGGAGCUAGGUUGACGUGUACUUAACAAAAGUUUUUUUUUUCUUCCUUAUUCUGAUCAGGAACGCAUGUUGAAAUAGUAUAGCACGAGCAAUUGUGAAUUCAAAUAAUGUGUACAACAAAAGGGAUUUUUAACCGAAAAUGAAAGGGAUUUUCUUGAAAAUAUUAAAAUCACAACAUUGAGAAUUUUGUUUUGCUCUCCUCAUGCACCGAUCCACUACUUCCUGAACUUAUAGCAGCUCCUUUAUUUCCUCUUACAUUAUUGGACAAAGGCUGUGUCCAAAAUGGAUCCCUAACCCCGAUAUAGUUGACUACAUGGGGGUUGGCGCCAUUUUGAGGGGUGUCUGCAAUCUCUGUAAUCAAUUCCGGUGCCCUAUAUAGGCAACUCAAAAUUUCCCAUAAAGCAUUGCAAAAUCUAGUGACCAUCCGAUGGUCACUCACCGGUGGUGGGCAUCCCGUCAUGCAUAGCGUCUUGGUAAUUGAGUUCACUACACAGUCAACUAUAUAGUGAAAUCCCAUAUAAGGGUUAGGGAUUGAGUGAUUCAUUUCGGACACAGCCAAAGUGAUUAAUCCAGGUAUGUCUGACUAGUCAAUGAUUAGUCACACCUGGAUUAAUCAGUUUGUUCAGUAAUGUAAAACAGGAAAUAAAGGAGCUGUCUUAAGUUCAGCAAGUAGUGGGGCUGUGCAUAAAGGCCUCGGGUACAACAGAAAGUUGUGAAAAGUACAAAGAACUUGUGUGUUACUUUCACUUUCUUUGGAUUUGUAUUGAUUGUCAAAGCUCGAGAUCCUAAUAACCGAAAAUACCAACUUCAUGAAAAGUUAUCUGUGCUACAGUCAUGACUGUCAUGAAACAGGAAAGUUCUUUGUCAAAAUUUUAAAAUGAUACAUAUACAUAUCCAUAUCCACAUAUAUCCACAUAUACAAAGUAUGGAUACACUUUCUCAUUCAAUGUCUUUUCUUUAUUUUUUUUAUAAGACUAUUUUCAUUGUAGAUUAUCACUGAAGGCAUCAAAACUAUGAAUGAACACAUGUAAAAUUUUGUACUUAUAAAAAGUGUGAAAUAACUGAGAACAUGUUUUAUAUUGUAGUUUCUUUAAAAUAGCCACCCUUUGCUCUUGAUGACAGAAGAACUGUCAAUCACAAAGUAACCCUGACAACGCACACCUGUGAAGUAAAAACCAUUUCAGGUGACUACCUCAUGAAGCUCAGCGAGAGAACAGCAAAAGUUUGCAGCACUAUCAAAAAAGCAAAGGGUGGCUACUUUGAGGAAUCUUAAAUAUAAAACAUGGUUUCAGUUAUUUCGCACUUUUUUCUUACACACAUGAUUCCACAUGUGUUCAUUAAUAGUUUUGAUGCCUUCACUGAGAAUCUACAAUUUAAACAGUAAUGAGAAUAAAGAAAAUGCAUUGAAUGAGAAGGUGUGUCCAAACUUUUGGCCUGUACUGUAAGUUGAUGUCUCAUUUGUGAUUAUGGCGUUAUCUUUUUGAUAAAACGUGCACACUUCACAAAUGGCUUCUGACUCCAUAAGAACAUGGUAAUGAUCGUGUAUUUUUUCUGCCGUGUGUUUCUGCUUCUAGGAAGUGUUGGUCAUUUUCAAAAGGCAUUUUUAUUAAACUUGAAACCAUUCAGGACCAGACAAAUGCAAAGCAUUCAUGAUUUUCUGCAGAAAAUACCAGCUCAUCCCUUUUCCCACAGUGUGUGGACUGCAGGUGACCUGGUAUUAGGGGACGCAGAGCUGUAUGGUUGUGGCUAAAAUAAAAAAAUCAUUUCUUUAAAUCAAAAUAGAAAAUGUGUAAGUUUUAGGGACAACCUUUUCUCUUUUUUUAUUGUUCAUUUAAUAAACUGUAUGUGUUGUGCUUUUCUCUUACUGUCAGAGCUUGGCUUGGACAUAAAAAAAGAAACAAACAAAAAAAGACCAAGUAUUUUUGUCCCAUACUGACCCAAAACAUUGAGUCAAAUAAAGCAUCAAAACUUGACAAAGCUUUACUUUCACAAGAGUUUUGACUUCAUUUCGAUGAUAGUACUCGUAGUGGGUAGUUUCAUAUUCAUUAUGUGUUAACAGAUAGUAGAUUGUAAGAGAUUGCAUUCAUUUUAUCACAGUGCAGUUCCAAAGCCCUUAGACCUUCACCUUAAAAACUGAAAGACUUGAACUUCAAACAAUGUAUUUAUAUGUUAAAAGGAUACAGACCUAUAGAUCACAUGCUGUAAUCAUCACUGCGUGUCAGUGCUGGUAAAAGUUGCAGAUUCUUCUUCCCACUCUCAGGUUAUAUUUGUCUGUCUGAUCAGGAUUCAAAUUUGAUAAAUAGUUCAGCCCUACUAAGACCUAUAAAUGGGAACUAGACCGAAAGUUCUCAGUCCAUGUGUAGUAUUUGAAAGGAGACCAAAAUGGCAUCUUCAAUGUUUCAGUUUUCUUUUUAACUUCUCUUUUCUUCUAUAUGGUGAUGAUUGUGCUGAUUCAGGCUGAUUCGAAAUUUAUGUCAACAAGAAAUGGACCAGACCAUCCUGGUGUAUAAGUAGUCAGAAGUAUUUAUAAGCUCGGUUAUUGACUUGUUUUUUUUUUUUCUUUUUAAAGCAUCCUCACAUCAGAGAACCUUUUUAACAUUUGUGAGGCUUUUGUUGUAGUUUACUUACCAACCUUUUUGUAUGUAACUUUGUGCCCUGUUAAAUUGUUCCUGUUUUGCCUCUGCAGAUGCCCCAUGGUGUGGUCACUGCAAGGCCCUUGCUCCUGAAUAUGCCAGGGCUGCUGGCAUGUUGAAGGCUGAGGGCUCAGUGGUCCGUCUGGGAAAGGUGGACGCCACAGAGGAGACUGAACUGGCCCAGGAGUACGGUGUCCGUGGAUACCCCACCAUCAAAUUCUUCAAGGGUGGAGAUAAGGCGUCACCUAAAGAGUACAGCGGUGAGUAGUACUGAAAUUUUAAGAUAAGAUGUACUUUUAUUAGUCCCACAGGGAGGAAAAUCCAAGUUUCCAAACUUUAAAGUUUAAAAGAUGGGGCACUAGUCCUCGAUACGGCAGAGGGGGUCUUUUUGUGUGAGUGAGUGUGCUUUCUUGUGCUUAAAAUUUUAUGAAAGAUGUUGUGAUGUUCCCUUUCUUCCCCAUAAAAUCCUAACAUUUGAAUCUUAAGUUUAGAGAGAUAUUGAUGUUUUGCCCUUGUAAGCUGCACAUUAAACAAAAAGCGAUGUAGGUGUCAGCGUGGUAGACUAUUUACACUUCACAAAUUUUAAAGAACUCUGCAUUGUUGAAUUUUUUUCACCAACAGCUGAUCUGCCCACAGAAGUUGUAAAAAUGUGUUCCCCAGGCGUAUCAUUGAAACAUUACUAACAGCACUGAUGCGUAUGAAGUGACUCUUAUCUCUCUGGGGUGAAGUAAUUAAACAGUUUUAGAGAAUCUUUUGUCUCUAUUGCUCUCAGUGGAUGAUACCUGCACAUUCAAGUCACAGAUGGCUGUACAGUGAAGUUAUGACAGCUAGAAAAAAAGGAUUUAACUGAUUAAUGAGUAAAAGUGUCUGUCAGGGAGCUUAUCAAGAAAAUGUUGGCUUGAAAUAACCUGAAAGAUGAGUGUUGUUUAAAGCAGUGGUUCUCAAGUCCAGUCCUCGAGGCCCCCCGUCCUGCAUGUUUUGGAUGUUUCCCUGCUCCAACACACCUGAUUCAAAUGAUUAGCUCGUUAUUAAGCCAUUUCAGAGCUGGACUUGAGAACCACUGAUUUAAAGUGAGUGUACUGAGGCCUUUUGACUUGAACUUGGCAAAUUCACUUUGUAAUGUUUGAUUGUUUUCCAUUGUGGACAUCCUCCAAUCAGCUGGCUGGUUGAUGGAAAGCUUGUAUAAUUUCAGAUAUAACUGAUACCUUGUUAAAUGUUGAAAGAACAUGAAGAGAAAGUACUUUGGUGAAUAUUACCAAAACAUGUAUACAAUAAGCUACUCAAUUAUAAUUUCAUGAGUAACUGUAUUUAGUUACUUUCUACAUUUGAAGGAGAGGCUGUGAGUCAUAGUGCUGCUAGCUUUUUUUGUAGGUCACCAGCUUAUUUUUAGGUAAGGAGUCCUACAGCGUCUGCUUUUAUUUUAUCUGAUUUAACAGUAGCAAAGUUAUUCUGCAAAGAGACUGCCCUCUAAAACAAGUGGACCUGGUUUGUUCAGCUAAUUAAAAGGGCAGAUCUAAUAGCUAAACAAACUGGAUACUCUAGAGUGUGGCUCUGAGAGCCACCCAAGCUUAAAUCCUCCCUUUAGUCAAAUAAUGCAGCUAAAAAUGUACAGGGAUGUCAGCUGAAACACAAAACCAGAUUUUCCCAUUGUUAUAAAGCUGGUAUCUAGUGUUCAUCCAAAAGGUUCAACGUGAGUCAUUUAGGCUGAUGUAGGAGUCAUCUUUAAUUUAAAGCUACUAACAGUCGAACAAGCAGCCAAAACUCCCUAACAACAAACAGCCACAUUGUUUUCACUGGACAGAAUCUGAAUUGGAUGUAGACCUGCCAUUCAGAAAAGCUGCAUAGCUUUUUAAGUCAUUCGUUCCAUCAGGUUAAACUCCCUACUGGAUAGUGGUAUUGGAUUUUUUUGUUUGUUUUACGUAGUGUCUUUACUUUCCUUUUGAAACAGUCAUGUAAUGUUUGGGAACCCCUUUCAGAGUUAACUUGUGAAUUUGUGUUUAUCAUUAAAUGUCAAGAAACCACUCUGAGACGCUUCCUAAAAGAAUCAGAGCAGGCAGUCUAAGUCACUCCCUUUGACUUUCAUCAUCCUGACAUAUGAUCCACACAGUCGCAUAAAAAGUAAGUCAGCCAAUCAGCUUCCAACAGCAUGCUUUAGACUAUAUGUGGGCAGGGCCUCCCCCUGCACGUUCCUCUCAUGCUGGAGGAGCAGGCCAGAGGUAUGUGCAGUUCCUCACGUCGCCUUUUCUGUGCUAGUCAGGCACAGGCUGGGAAGGAAGGAGAGAAGAAGGUUGGGAAGUUUGGAGUGUGUGUGGAAAUGACUACCUUGUCUUGAGUCUAUCUUCUAGAAACACCCGUCUCCCACGUACGGGCCCGAGACAUCAAAGUUAAAUUGCAUGCUGUGUCAUCAACAUGUGUUUCUCAGGGAAAUUGCCACUAUGUUGCAUCAGUGGUCCAGCCACAUCUUAAUUUGGCUCAGUAAAUUGCAGCAGUCUGACUCGUAGAGGGGUAAAACUUGUCCUUGCAGUCUCAUAAAGUCACGCAAUGAUUGGAUUUUUUUUUUUUCUUUGACUUUGCUAAUUGUAUGACAGAGUCCUUUUUUGAAUUGUUAGUGAAAAGAAAACGCCUUUUCUGGGUUGGGGUGUGAAACUGUUAGGAGUUGUUACUUGGAGGUUUUAGGAAUGCAGAAGUGGGAGAAAGUGUAUAAACUGUGUCUGUUCAUUCACAGCUCACUUUACCGCUGUAAGAGCAAAUUCAGUUACACUUCUAUUUCCCAGAGGCACAGAAGUAUUUAAGCUGAGGUCAGGCGUGUCUGAGUCAAGAUGGCUUUUUUUUUUUUUUGUCUCUGUCAGAGAAAGGUGUAUUUGACUUUUCAAACAUCUACAAAGCUCCAUAGCUGGUUUUUAGUGAAUCUGUCCGUAAGUGUGAGCACACCGGAGUGUUGAUGUUGUUGUGUUUUAUUGUCUUACAGCUGGCAGACAAGCAGAUGACAUCGUCACCUGGCUGAAGAAGCGCACAGGUCCCGCUGUGGCCACCCUGGCUGGAGUCACUGAGGCAGAGUCUCUGAUUGCCGACAAUGAGGUGGCAGUCAUCGGGUUCUUUAAGGUGCGAGUCUAAUCUCUCAAUGUCUCGUACAAAUACAGAAAUAAAAUCGGUUAUCAAAUUAAGGGAGGUUUGAUAAUUGAUUCCCUGAAUAUAGCUGUUUGUAAAGCAAAGGUCUCAUGUGUCUGUAGGAUGGCAGCUCUGAUGGUGCCAAGGCCUUCGAAAAAGCAGCUGAAGCAACAGAUGACAUUCCCUUCGCCAUGACCUCUGACGAUGCUGUUUUCUCCAAGUUCGAGGUGUCCAAGGACAGCAUUGUCCUCUUCAAGAAGGUGACUUCACACUUGCAGUUUUUCUGUUUGACAAUAGCAUGAAGAGAAUACAGAAACACCCAUUUUGAGAUAAAUAAAAAAGAAAGAUCUCAGUUCAAAAUUCAGUUUUUAGCAGUAUUAUAGAACCAACAGGAUCCUAGAGAACCCAGAAAACAGUUGACCAAACUUUUAGCAUUUUCUUAACUUCACACCAGAGUCUCCCAAAACAGAGCAUAAUAAGCUACAUGCUGUUAACUCCUGCAACUCAGCACCCAACUAGCCUCACAUGCAAAAGUCUCAGGCUGGCCAUUGGUCUCCAGCACAGAGCGCUGGUUUUAGAUACGUGUUGGGCAUCUUGGCAGGGUCUGAUGACAAACAGGACACUGAGGUUAAAACUAUCACUGGCAGCCCAACUGUGAGACUUAAACACCGGCUAAAUGCUGGAAGGUGUUGCUAUUCUUUCUCCCUUCCAGUAGUUCAUCCUUGUUGUGGUAAAUUGCACUGUAUCAUGUCAUAAAAUAUGAAUCAAUAGUUGCUGUGUAUCUCAGCACUGUUUAAGACAUAACUGGAUAUUACAAGUACAAAAGUAGUUUAAAUAUGUUGUUGUGGUUAUUUUUCAUAUGAAUAACUUAACUGUUGAUUCAGAGUCUGAAUGAAAGCGUAAGGCUGAUGCACUAUUUUGUGAUCAACUCAUCAACAUGUGGGAUAUAUGUAUACAACCAUGGAUAGCACAUCUUUUGAAUUAGACCUCUACAGACAUUGACAUAUUGCUGAAUGGGCAUGAUGCGUCCCUAUAUCAAGAGUUAAGUCGUCACAGAAAAUGUCUUUGAAAAGCCCCCAAAAAUCUCUAGAAAGAGUGAGAACCUGGUCGGAUCUCCUCCUUAAGUAACACACAUAUAAUUUGUGUACACUGAACCCACAAAUAUCAGGAACUUGUCUGACCUGACACAGCAGUACCAUAAAGAUAAGGUCGUAAGGCAAAGGAGUCACCAAAACACUUUAUCUUCUGCUCCUGAAGGCAGUUAUAGCUUUACAAUAAGUGUAAUAUCACUGCAACCUCAUUGUAUUAACAAGUUAUAAAUAAUGAUUUUACUCAUGGUAGCCAGUGUUCCUCACGAAAAAUGUUCACUGUUGGAGACGUGGGGAAUGAGAGAAGGGCACAUCAUGACUAAUAAGAGCCAACAGCCAGAAAAGGUGGGUGAUUGUGUCACUCUUGGGUCAGCAGUGUUUUCAAAACUCGGUUUCAGGGGCUCAAAAAUGCCAGAGUAGAGUGGAUACAAGGCUCCAGGUAAAAAUUUGACAAUGGUUCUCCUAAGUUGCAUCAAAGUUUAAUAUGAAAGUGUUCCUGGUGGUCUCAUGUCUGCCUGUGAAAGUAUGGGCUGCUGCCGCCAUCUCAGUGUUUUUGAUCUGCACCCCUGUAAAGUGACACUGUUGCACUCACCGUGUUGUUUUCCCUGCUGCUACACUCAGCAUGUCUCUAAGCGAGUUCAGCAUUUCAGACGUGAGCCUGCCUCCGUGCCUGUUCCCAACCCACUCGGAGAACAACCUCAGCAUGUUGAGCUGAAGCUGAUCAGCGAUAAACACAUCUCCAAGUAGCACCAUCAAGCCCUUUGUCUGCCAAAAACAUGUAUCAACUUUCCUGCGUCCUGUUUGUAGAACUUUAUGAUUUCAGCUCAUGAUCGGAUCUUUGAUUCAAGUUACUGACUGAAGCCUUUUAGUUCAGAACAGUUCAUAGAUCAUUUGGCUUUCUUAUCAAGAAAACCGUAUCUCAGUUGACCCGUUGAUUUGUCAGAUCGGGUCAAGGUCCAGCAUGCCUGUCAAUAAAAUGAUUAAGUAGCAUAGUUAUCUAGAGGUGUUUGAUUAAGUCCUUAAAUCUAUACAUUUAUUGUGCAAAAAGGUGACUGUUCCUUUUAUCAUACAACCACCAGCUUUGAUUCAUUCUUUUCACAGUAAUUGCUGCCUAUUACUAAUCUUUCAAGAAAGAGUAAAUAAAUAGAGCUGAAAGAUUUUCUCAAAGCAAUUGGUAACUGAUGACUCCUUAGCUGAGAAAUUGAAUCAUCUAGAGGCAGUGUGAAAGCAACAAGCUCAUAGUAGUAUUUUUCCUGAUAAAAACCAAAAACUUGAGCAUAUAUUUGCCUGAAAUCGGUCUGAAAUCAUAGAAGUGACCCCAAAAUAAUUCUUCUGUCAAGUAUUUAUGUUUUAGUGUUGUGAUCGCUGCAUUUUUUUUUAUGUGCUUUAGAUGUUUAAGAAUUAUUAUUAUUAUUAUUAUUAUUAUUAUUAUUAUUAUUAUUAUUAUUAUUAUUAUUAUUUAUUAAUAAUAAUAAUAAUUUAUUAGGACAGCUUUAAAAGUAAAAAAAUCAAAAUAAUAAUAAAAUAAAAAAAAUUAAUAAAAAAGUUUAAAAAAUGAAUAAAAAUAAAAAAUAAUUUAAAAAGUCAUAAAAAUGAUAAUAAAUUUGAUUUAUCAAGCACUUUUCAUAGAACUCAAAGGCACUAGAAAAUUGAAAGGGAAAACAACAGACAUUUUUAAAUGAAUAUUUAAAAGCAGAAAUAAGAGGGGUCAUGUGAGGGAGAAAAGGGGUAGAAUGACACACACUGAUUGAUGUUGUAAUAAGAACUGAUCCCAUGAUGAGGACAGCAGCCCCCUGUGGCGUCCAACUGAUCAAAAUUGUUGCCCUAAAUGUUGCCGUUUCAAUAUUGCUCUAGUAUUUGUAAUGCAUUAAGCAUUGGCUCUGCAAUGAUUACACUGGCUAGACACCUAAUCUACUUAAUACAGAGCUCUUCUUUUAUUCAACGUUCAUGGUCCUUUUCAUUCAGCAGCAUUACUUUACAUACUACUGCAACCAAUAAUCAAACCAAAUAAUUGUUAUGCACCCUUAGUUUCUUCAUCACAAAACAACAAGCCCAAAAUAUCAUGGCCCUUUGAGCUACUGCUGAUCUGUUUUCAUUCUGGCACACAGUGGGAGGACUUGGCCUUGGUCUCUCAUUGUCUGGCCUCAGCUCCACGCCUGUAACUUUACCCUGAUCCAAACACUGUUGACACGCAGGGUUUCCCCCCCUCCCCUCUCAAGUUUUAAUAAAUAGCAGGGAUCUUUCACUUGUUUAUUGCAGCAUGGGGGUUAGAGAUUCCAUAUCCAUGGUGAGUGUCCACAUGGCUGGCAGCAUACCACCAGCCAAAUGUGCUUCUUUCUGUUGUGUGUGCCAGUAAGAGCUGCUUGGCACAGAUGUACCACAGCUAUUCUUAUCACUUAAUAAAAAUCCACUUGGUCCUCUGGCUCUUUCCUCAGCUGGGGUGACUGGGGGAUUUUAAAGCGGUUUGUUUGGGAAAUCUAUGUUUGGUGUUCAUAGGCAGAUUAGACUGUUGGAUAAUACUUGUUACUAAAUGCUUCCCCAUCUUCUUUACAGUUCGAUGAAGGGCGCAACACCUUUGAUGGCGAACCAACCAAAGAGAACGUCCUGGCCUUUGUCAAGUCCAACCAGCUGCCCCUGGUCAUCGAGUUCACCGAGCAGGUGGGCCAUACGUUUUAAUUUACCUGCUUUAUUCAUUUUUUUUCCUCCUGCACAAUGAUGGACAUAUCAAUGAUUACAGUUUUAUCUCCACAUGUCAAACUAACCCUUUUUUUCCCCCCCAAGACCGCUCCCAAAAUCUUCGGUGGCGACAUUAAGUCCCACAUCCUCAUGUUCCUGCCGAAAACUGCCACCGACUUCCAAGACAAAAUGGACCAGUUUAAGAAAGCUGCAGAGGGAUUCAAGGGUCAGGUGGGUAAACUACCAGCCUUUCCUGAGGGAUUUUAAAUAUGUAAAAAGCAAUGUGUGAUUUGUCAUGUGUUCCAAUGUGUUAUAUCAUCACCCCAUUAAAAUAAUGGCCUAUGUCAUUUUUGACAAUAAUGAGUUUUUGACAUAAAUCAUCUCUUGAGAUGAUUUAGAGAUGAUUGAGGCCAAAAACUCAUGUUUGUCAAAAAUGACUGAGACAUAUCAUCACCCCAUUAAAAUAAUGGCCUAUGUAUGCGCAAAAUAACCAAAGUUGUUAAGGUUAUAAAACAUAUCAAAGUCUCCAACAAACCAAGCAGAAAAAAAACUUGAACACUUCCUCCACAGAACAGGACAGUUCUCAAAUCAAUUAACAUGACUGAGUAAUGGAGUUAAUCUUUGAGCUUUUUGGAUUUUGGGGUAUAUUAAACUUUUAGAAGUACUCCCAAGAAAGACAAAAAGGUGAAACAGUUUCAGCACACACUUCAUAGAUUUGGUUUAUUCAGGAUGUUUUCAGUAAGAUGUCACCACAGAGUUCAAAGCUGACGUCUUCCUUUUUUUUCCUCUGUCCAGAUCCUCUUCAUUUUCAUUGAUAGUGAUGUGGACGACAACCAGAGAAUCCUGGAGUUCUUCGGCCUGAAGAAAGAGGAGUGCCCCGCCAUCCGUCUUAUCACCCUGGAAGACGAGAUGACCAAGUACAAGCCCGAGAAUGAGGCCAUUACAGCUGAAAGCAUCAUCAGCUUCUGCACACAGUUCACAGAGGGCAAACUCAAGGUGACAGAUGCUUUUGUAGUUAGACCUGCGCAUUUAUGUCUUCUGUAUACUCUUCUUCAGUGGUUCUCAAGUCCAGUCCUCGAGGCCCACUUUCCUGCAUGUUUUGGAUGUUUCCCUGCUCCAACACACCUGAUUCAAAUGAUCAGCUCGUUAGUAAGCCAUUACAGAGCUUGAUAACGAGCUAAUCAUUUGAAUCAGGUGUGUUGGAGCAGGGAAACAUCCAAAACAUGCAGGACAGUGGGCUUCGAGGACUGGAUUGAGAACCACUGCGCUUCUUUAUAGAUUUUUGUAUCGGUUUGCCUUUUGAGCUCUUCAAAUGUGAAAAUGACCUUAAUGUCUCAUUAAAUGUAUGUGUUUUCCUACACAUUUAUCUCAACCUAUUUCCUUCUCUCUCUCUCACAGCCCCACCUUAUGAGUCAGGAUAUCCCAGAAGACUGGGACAAAACCCCAGUCAAGGUUUUGGUUGGGAAGAACUUUGAAGAUGUCGCCUUCAAUCCAUCAAAGAACGUCUUUGUUGAAUUCUGUAAGUCUUGUCAGCAUAAAUUUCUGUUUUAAAAGCGUAAAACAAAGGGGUCAGCUGGUUUCAGAGAGGAGGCUUUCCUUGCGGUCACUUGUUUGUAGGUGGCAGAUAUGGUCAAGCGUCAGGCAUCAGCAGCUGAAACUUGAGUCUUGCCCUCCCUUAGAAUCAUCACCGAGGUAUUUGGGAGGGCUUAGCACAGGGUAUCUAAGGGGUCUUUCAUGCCCUCUCAGCACACUCGGUGCAAAUUAAUUUGUCACGAGACUCUGUUUUUAAAAAUAUCCUGUUAAAUUUAGCCACCAGAUUAUUAUUAUUAUUAUUAUCACUGUCCACUUUCAGAUUUAGACUAUAUUUGAAGGAAUUUUCCAUCACUGGUUGUUUAAAUAGAGUGUAUGGCUUAAAGCACAGUAGGGGGAAGCCGGUAUUCCCUGACAGGUGAGCAGGACGUCUCAUAAGUGAUCAAAGGGGAGUGAGAUCAUAAAGCUGAGACUGCAUGUGACAUGCUUAUCAGGUGAUCGCUCUGCUUCAAGCUCAUACUACACUGUGUUCAUACAAAGGAGUGAAGGUAUCCAUUGUAAUGUCACUUUUUUGAGUUUGAGUAACAUUUCUGAAGCCUCUGAGUUUGUUUUUGUGUGUUUGUUUUUUUGUGAGUUAAUGGUUUCCAUAAGCAGAUAAGAAGGUGAAAAACACACCUCUGUUAUGCCUCACUCCGGGACAAGGGUAACCUGACAAUCGUAGGUAGUCGCACCAGAAGGUUACUCUGCUCUAAGAGCAGUUUCGCCCUGCAUGGGACCAUGAUAAACAAACCCAACGUCAUGCUGCACUAAAAAAGACUUGGAACUGGGGAUUGAGGUCAUGAACUAGUAAAUGAAAUACUUACGAGGUAGCCAAAGAAAUAAAUGGGUUAGUUGUCUUGACUUCCCAACUGUCUGGCCCCUCACCCUGUCCUCACUUUCCAUUUCCCUCCCCUUUUUUGGCCGAUGCAAAGACCCCAAUUUACUUUGGAUGUUUCCUACACUCAGCAGGAUAUCUUACUUGAAUUCAUUUUGAACAUCUAAACUGACCACAGCCAAUCCAAAUGUACCUGAAACUUUCUCUGCUUUGUUUCACAAUCACCUGACCUUCAUGUGUCUUGUCGUAUUUCAGAUGCACCUUGGUGUGGUCAUUGCAAACAGCUGACUCCCAUCUGGGAGAAGCUGGGAGAGAAGUACAAGGACAGCAGUGACAUUAUUGUAGCAAAGAUGGACUCUACAGCCAACGAGAUUGAAGCAGUCAAAGUUCACAGCUUCCCCACACUGAAAUUCUUCCCAGCAGGAGAUGAGCGCAAGGUAAGGCCCAGGACUUUCCAGACAAAUAUGUCUUUCUCUUAUCUUCAGGAUCAUCUCCGCCUGGACGCUUUAAUCCCUGCAUCUCUUUUCAGGUCAGCUGUCUUACUCAUAACGUGCUUUGCAGUUGUGAGUUAUGGUGAUCCGGGUUGUUAGUUGGAUCAAAAAUCAUUGCCAAUUUGGCCUCCAAAGUAUCAUUCGUGUCUCUUGAUUUAGCAGCUCGAACACGUGCAGAAACCCGAGCUCGGUGGCCUCUUUGGGUCCUGCACAAUAAUGUUGGUGUUUGGUUCUAACAGAUUUUUGCCUAAUGACUUCAUUCUCCCGGGGACUCUGCUCAGGCUGCACCUGCCUCUCCAAAGGGCUCCUCUAUGGAGGAGGCCUUCACAUGCCAGCCUGGCAGUCUUAAAUGAGUGGUAUAUGCAGAGACUUCCCUAUAGUAAGUCAAAGGAUUAGCUUCUGACCCUACUUUAGAAGAAGUAUGUGGGAGACCCAAGUGGAGGCUAAGAAAGGAUGGAGUUGCUGUAGCAGCUUUGAGAUGCUGUAUUAGCAAGAUUAAACCAUUAAACUGGUUGCUUUGCAGAUGUCCUUUUGUCCCUUUCAUGCACCACCUUAUUUUAGCUCCCAUCCUUCUGAUUGUUGCUAUGCCUCUGGGGAAACUUAUUCUCACGACAAAUCUAUGUAUGUGUUUUUUGAUCCACAGGUUAUUGAUUACAACGGUGAGAGAACACUGGAAGGCUUCACUAAGUUCCUUGAGAGUGGUGGUAAAGACGGCGGUGCUCCUGCAGGAGAUGAUGAAGACGAUCUGGACGCAGAGGUAAGCUUAUCCAAAGUGAGAAAUGCUUUGGCCUACUUCCUAUGGAAAGCAAUAGAGCUACAGAACAGAUGCUGCCUCCUGAUAAGACAAAAACAGUUUUUGUGUACUGUUUUGUGCACUACUUGUGCAGUAAGUUCAUAUGAUCUUCCUUUUGCAACAUAACUAACACAUGCAGGUGGACAUGUACAUUAGCCAUCUGAUCAGUUUAAUCUCUGUGUAUGUCUAGCUGACUGAACUGAUUACCACUCUAUGGCAGCUACACUUCCUGGAUAAGUUAGUGAUUUUAAGGGGAACAUUACUUUUUAUGUUGCGAUCAGGGUGCAAAGAGAAUAUCAAAAUGUAAUUAAAAUGAGUCUGAAAUUAACUGCCAACCCUAGCUUUAUGGAAACCCCUGUGAUGAAUUUUUAACUGGUUGUGAAGCAAAUUUAAACUACUACUGAUGCUUCUUGAUGACCUAUAAAAGCAAAGGAGACCAGCAGCAACAUGAUCAACACUUUCCAAAUGGUCAUUUGUAAUGUGUGGAGCUGCUAUGAGGGGUGAAGGUGUCACACAUACAACUGACGGCAAACUGUCACCUCAGACGACUGAUAAAAUAUAGUGACAUAUUUAAUCCUUCAAAGAGGUAGGAUGGGAUUUUUUUGUCAGCUCUUAAACCCCGGCAUAUACACAAGAUUGACAAAGAUAUGGAUGUAAAUCUUUGCCCACAAGAUGUUCCUAAAUCAUCACAAAGCUCCUCACAGCAGCUUUAAUUUAACAUUCAUGUCAAAGGAAAAACCUGACAUCAGAUUCAGGUGCAUACACGUGCUCGGCACUAGACAUCCUUUUGGAGGCAUAUUUUGCAUCAUGUCCAAAGUUUCCCAGAAUAGAUUAAGAGCACCGGCCUGUGAGGAUUUAAGAGCGCAACCCUAGAACUGACCCAGUUAUACUUUUACUUUUUUGGUGAGGUGGGGGUUGCACUACCAGUUGAAUCUAUGGUUCACCUUAGUUCACCCAUCUUAAAAAGAAAAGGCCUUUGCUUUUUCAGAGUCUCCAUAACUUACCCAUUCAUGCAAACUGUAAGGAUAAAUAUUGAGCCAUAGUUGGUUUUAUCUAAAUAGUACUAGCAGAACCUGUGCCACAUCUUAGUGAGAGAUGCAGGAGAUGCAAGUUCACCUCUGAAAGGACCUCCCAUGCAUACCUGUGCUAUACAAGUACGUCCAUACACAUGUGGAGGGUUGGCAGGUCCUGUUCACUAGCACCACCCCACUCCAUUAUUGUCACCACACCCCCUUCUCAGAAGUCUAAUUGCAGCCCAGCUGAAUGCUGUGCGCUAAUGCCAACUGCAGCUGUUGAAGCUAUUUACUGGCCUUUGCUCUGAGAUGUGAGCCCCUGAUAAAAUCUGCACGUGCAGCUCUGCAGCCAAUAUUUGGCCUUCCUAUGUCAGACACAUCUCCUCACCCUGUCCAUCCUCAGGCUAGACAUGAAGGAAUGGCUGUGCAGUAAGAGGAUGUCAUCUAUGUUCAGGGUGAGGUUAUGUUAAAGACAGAGUGCAGAUUACAUACUCCACUAAGAGAGGAGGGAUUGGAUUUGUUUAGUGACUGUGGCCGUCGUCUACUCUUGGUGAUGCCUCUCCAAUAAAACUUUAAACUUGGCUAUAGAACUUGUGUCAAAGUCUUUCAUACAAGUUAUGAGCAUUUGAGGUCAUUUCCAUGUUUUAGAACUGGUUACAGACAAGCAAUAUGGCAAAAAUAUAUCACCAGUUUUUUUUGUGGUUGGAUCUCAGUCUUGAUUUUAUCCCUGCACUUCUUAUUUUCACGGCUGUUGUGCACGUCUCUUAGCUGUAAAACCAAAUAUAUUUCCCUCCUUAAAAAAACCCACAAUGGACCAUUGAAGUGAAGUACCUCUUUGAACAGAAAUGAUCAGAUUUUGUCUUUUUUUAACUUUAGCUAGAAACAAUUUACAAUAAAAAUGUUGACAACUACAAUAACAAAUGCACUCCUGCUAAUCAAUAAAUCAAGCUUGAAGACAAACUCUACCCACAGUAUAGUCUCCAUCCAGGCUGAGGGUGGUUUAAUCUCCUCUCUACUAACACAAGUUGAAACUCCCAAUUUUUUACUGUGAUAAACAAGAGAUGUUGAGCAUUGCAGUCUGAUAUAAUAUAUUGUAACAGAGAGAGACUCUGUCUUUAUGUUUACCAUCUUUACAGUGCACUAUGUGUGCAACCUGACAGAUGGUUGGCUACUCUGCUGAUGAAGGGAUACACUAUUUAUCACAAAACACUGAGAACUGGCAGGAAAAUUCUUAAAGACUGUGCCUAGUACUUCCAUUUUCAGUGUGGACAGCUCAGUCUCGCUCGGUGUGACAGACCCUGUUUGCUCAGUUCCUGGUCUGCAUCAGAGCGCUCGGUCUGUGCGCUCCAGUCAAAGUCUGCGUGCAUUUCUGUGUCAGCGCUGUAACUGAUGACAACAGAAUGUGCCGAUACUACAGACUCUCUGGAUUUGCUGAUGCUUGACAUGGUCUAGUCAUUCAUGAUCUAAUGUCGUCUAUCCUGUACCCCUACUUCUCACAUGAGAUUAGUGUGGAGUAAAAGAGGAGGCGCUAAUUUGGUAUUACUAUGUUGUUGGCAGCCAUGGGCACAAGCAUCAACCGAAAAGGCCCACUCCUCCCAGCCUGACAGCUAUCAGAGUGAAAUGUGAUCUGAGUGUUGCAUAUGGUUCAUGCUCUAUAAUAAGCUCAGACUAUAAGUCUGGAGCAGUAGGUAUCUUGUCUAUACUUCAUCAUGGUUACCCCACCCAGAGUGUGCUCUCUGAUUGAUUGGUGUAAUGUGCUUCAUAUUAACAAACAUAAAUGGGUGGAGUUCAGUAGGCCACCUAAAUUGCAUCACAACUAUGGAUGGGUGAUAUGGGCUAGUGCCAUCCACGAACAAUUAUUGUGGGGUUCUCAUGACAAAAUGAAUCAAAAAUAUAGAUUGGAAUUAUAAUAUUUUUUAACUGGACUUUUAUCAUUAUCCCCAGACUGGCGAAUCUCAUUGUGAUCAUUUUUUUUUAGCCCAUAUCGCCCAUCCAUAGAUGACACUCUAUUGCCUGUUUCACUUUGCAAAAGAAUCAGUCUCCAAGUUGGUGCACCCAGGCACAGUACUGUUACAAAUGUACUGAACUUCAAAUGUGAUGAUUAUACAAGUUGAAAGAACACUCUUCUAUUACAAACAUAACCCCAAUUCCAAAAAAAAGUUGGGAUACUGGGUAAAAUAUGGAUAACCAGCUUGUUAUAGGCCUUUUUCAGGGUAGACUAUUCCUGUUAUAUACAGAAAGUUGGAACAACAUGAGGGAAAACUCAGACAAAUUUAGGCUGACAUUAUUUUCAAGUCGAACAAGAAGAACAGCCCACCUUUUUUGAACUGGGUUGUACUUCAGUGCUCAUGGUUAGCCAACUGUGAGCAGGCUUUGAGGUUGAUGUUGGAAGAUUUUGUUUUCUUGUGUAUUUUUUUUUUGUUUUUAAGCAUGGCAAUCAAAAUGUGUUCAGCUCUGCCUUGAUGAAUGACUGUGUCCUCUUUUCUUUCCAGGAUUUGGAGGAUGUGGACGAAGGACAGGACGAGGACUCUGAUGGGGAGGAUUACGAUGGACAUGACGAGUUGUAA